AAGGAGCCGAAGGGGAGUCGGCGGCACAAAAUGGCGGCGGCAGCAGCGGUGGCCGGGGCUCCGGGGCCAGCGGCUCCCGCGGCAGCGGCCAGCGCCCCGGGCUUGGGGAGCGCAGCCCCCGGGUCGCAGGGGGUGCUGAUCGGGGACAGGCUGUACUCCGGGGUGCUCAUCACCUUGGAGAACUGCCUUCUGCCUGACGACAAGCUCCGCUUCACGCCGUCCAUGUCGAGCGGCCUCGACACCGACACGGAGACCGACCUCCGCGUGGUGGGCUGCGAGCUCAUCCAGGCGGCCGGCAUCCUGCUCCGCCUGCCGCAGGUGGCCAUGGCUACCGGGCAGGUACUGUUCCAGCGGUUCUUUUAUACCAAGUCCUUUGUGAAGCAUUCCAUGGAGCAUGUGUCAAUGGCCUGUGUUCACCUGGCCUCCAAAAUAGAAGAAGCUCCAAGACGCAUACGGGAUGUCAUCAAUGUGUUUCAUCGACUUCGACAGCUGAGAGAGAAAAAGAAACCUGUCCCUUUACUGCUGGAUCAAGAUUAUGUUAACUUAAAGAACCAAAUUAUAAAGGCAGAAAGACGAGUUCUCAAAGAGCUGGGUUUCUGCGUCCACGUGAAACAUCCUCACAAGAUAAUCGUUAUGUACCUUCAGGUGUUAGAGUGUGAGCGUAACCAACACCUGGUCCAGACCUCAUGGAACUACAUGAACGACAGCCUUCGCACCGACGUGUUUGUGCGGUUCCAGCCCGAAAGCAUCGCCUGUGCCUGCAUCUAUCUCGCCGCCCGGACGCUGGAGAUCCCUCUGCCCAGUCGUCCCCAUUGGUUUCUUUUGUUUGGAGCAACUGAAGAAGAAAUUCAAGAAAUCUGCUUAAAAAUUCUGCAGCUUUAUACACGGAAAAAGGUUGAUCUGACACACCUGGAAGGUGAAGUGGAGAAGAGGAAACAGGCCAUGGAGGAGGCAAAGGCACAAGCCAGGGCCCUGCUGCCUGGGGGCACACGGGUUCUGGACGGCACAUCUGGGUUCUCGCCUGCCCCCAAGCUGGUAGAAUCCCCCAAAGAAAGCAAAGGGAACAAGGCUUCCCCGCUCUCUGUGAAGAGCACCAAGAGGAGAACAGAGGGAGUGAAGAAAGCCAAGGCUGACAGCCCUGUGAAUGGCUUGCCAAAGGGGCGAGAGAGUCGAAGUCGGAGCAGGAGCUGUGAGCAGAGCUACUCGAGGUCCCCGUCACGAUCUGCUUCUCCUAAGAGGAGGAAGAGCGACAGUGGCUCAGUGUCUGGCGGGUCCAAGUCACAGAGCCGCUCUCGGAGCCGGAGUGACUCCCCGCCGAGACAGGCGCACCGCAGCGCUCCCUACAAAGGCUCCGAAGCGAGGGGCCCCAGGAAGUCCAAGGACUACAAGUACCCCACUCAGAAGCCACACAAAUCUCGGAGCCGGAGCUCAUCCCGCUCUCGAAGCCGGUCACGGGAGCGGGCAGAGAAUUCUGGAAAAUACAAGAAGAAAAGUCAUUACUCCAGAGAACAGCCACGGGAACGCUCGAGGUCGUACGACCGCACGGGCCAUCGCUACGAGCGGGACCACCCUGGGCACGGCAGGCAUCGGAGGUGAGGUGGGGUCCUGCUGACUGGUGGGGCACGGGCCCCUUCCCCUGGGCUGUCUGGGGGCUGCCCUUUGACCCUCCCUGUCGUGCACAUCUCAGCCGAUCGGCCCUGCAGCACGAUUCUUUCUGGAACUGGUUUAUGGCCAGACUUUGAGAUGAAUUUGGAAAUGGAACUGAGGGGAUGGUGAGGUGCGCUUCAGGCUGGCCUGGGGCUCAGCACACACCUGUCCCACCUUGGCAGGAGCCCUGCGGGCAGCUCGGUGGACAAGCAAACCCACAUGGCCCCGUGGCGUGGCCUGGUGCUAUCUGUCGGCAGCCACCUCCCCACCCCUACCAGUGCUCAAUUACGUUAAGCCAAGAAGGAUGAUUUUUAGAACCUCUGCCUAUAUUAGGUUGUACUAUGUACAUAUUUUGCAGUGUUUCACAGUGAGAAAAUGGCCUUAAUAGCCCUUUAUUCUCUGUCCAUGUUGUAAAUAAACAUGUGUUUAAAACAAGUUAAAGCUAUACAUGAAAACUCAGAACUUGAAUUCUGUCAGCUUAAAACUUGCGUAGAGAAUUCUGAUUUUUUAACUGUGAAGGUAUUUAGAUCUGUGUUGAAAGUCGUAUAUUUUUAUCUGUGCAAUGCUGAGUGCAGGCCACCAGCUCCUAGAGAAGUUUCCUAUAUAUGCAUUUUAUGUGGUGGAAUAAACACAACUCUGCUCAGGA